UUAGUAUAUAAAAAAUAAAUAAUUUUUUAAAAGAAUAUAUUUUAUAAAAUCUUAAAUAACGCUGCGAAGAAAAAGCACAAGAUUUAUUAAAAAAUUGGAAAAAAGUAUAUUUUAAUAAAGUUGUUGUUGGCAUAUUAUGGAAGAAAAAUGCCUGCGCACUGUUGAUAAUAGUAUAAUUUUACAACAUAAUACAGAUUCAAUUAGCGAAAAUUUUUUGGUGGGACAAGAUUUGCUGUUACAUCAACCAUCGACAAGUUAUAGUUCCAUGUCACUUUUACAGGAUGAUGAUUUCGCUAAUUCGCAACACGAUUUCGCAGAAGUGCUUGAUGAUGAAACAACAACAUCUGGUGUAUCAGAAACAUUUGAAAUAAGCUCGUCAAAUUCUUUGCCCACAUGUUCGGAUGGAACAGCUCCAGUUGCAGUUGAUGAUUGUUCCUCAACUGAUACUAUUAAACUAGUACAAGUAUCGGAAUCCGUAUCUAGUAAUAAUGAAUUUUACAAUGAUGCCGAAAUUUAUGUUAUAAAUGACGACGAUGAAGAUGAUGAAACAGUUGGUUGUAUCAGUGAAACAAAUCCAAGCACAUCUCGUAUCAUAACCUCUGGUUCAAUAGAUGAUAGUCAACCGAAUGGUGUAAUUGUGGCAGCAGGAGGAAAAACAAUUUAUUUAGAAACACCUGUAGUUGAAGGCCAACAACACCCGCAAAUAUUAAAUUUGUCAGAGCAAUUGGAUUUUACUGAAAAAGCUGGCAAGCCAAAGCGUUUGAGUGAUGAAUUUCUACUUGGCGAAAAUAAUGAAACACAAAUGAACACUGAAGAGAUUUCAGAAGGAAAAUGUGUUAGAGAGAAAUCAGUUUCGAAUCUUGAUAAAUUUAAUAUAAGCACAGCAGAAAUUGCAUUAAAAAUUCAAAAGUCUGAACGUUGCGCUGAAAGCAAUGUUGAAUCUCAACAUGAGCGCAUGUCUUUUCGUUUGAAAAAAAUGAACAUUAAUAAUAAUAAUACACAAAACUCGAAUGUUAAGGUUGUGGCGUUAGAAAUUAUACCUUCUAGUUCACAUGAUUUAUCAGCAUCCACAUUAGCAGAUAUAGAAUCUAUGGAUCUAAUUGAACGCCAGGACUUUGAAAGAGAGCAACGAUUAACUGGUGGAGUCAUACUUAAGUCGAGUUCUUUCGGUUCUAAUUUAAUAAAAUCACUUAUUCAGGAACAGAAAAAUGAGCAGCAACUCCAUACUGACGAUGACUGUCCAAGCAGUAGUAGCUGCAGUAAUGGUCGUGCCGUUUCCUCGGAUAGUAAGUGUACGUACAAAGAUUUAACUACAACACCAACAAGCAGUAGAAUACAUAAUAGUCGUUUAACCAAAUCAACUGCCAAACUAAACCUAUGCUCUACUCUAAGUCAUUCGCAGCAGCAACAAAAUCAACGCAUUAAAACAAAUGUAAAUGCUGCCAAAGUUCUAAUCCAAAAACCAGCUACGUCAUCUUCUACUGCAACAUCAACAUCUUCUUCCUCAGAAAUUGCUGACUCACAAUCUGCACCAGAAAAAGUAUCUAUUGCUGGCACUUCAGCCAGUUCAGAUAUUUUUUCAAAUUCAAAUUCCAAUGAUAGUUUAAUGGGCGGUAGCACAACAACGGAGUCAAAUAACUGCCAGGAGAGUUUACAGGAAGAGCCGAAACAACCAAUAGCAUCCGUUUUAGAUAAUGAAAAUAGUUGUAGUCGUACCAGCGCAUUACAUUCUCAAAUAGCAUCAGCUUCUGAAAGUAACUUAGCAGUUUUUGAUGACGCACAGCCGUCUACAUCAUCUGCUCGGUGUCAUUAUGCGCCACAUAAAAACUUACGACAAGUUCAUGCCAGUGCACAAACAGUUGAACGAUACCUUUCCAGAAGUGCGAGUAAUGCAAAUUUAAUUGGUACCGUUAAUGCUGCUGAUUCUAGUAGCGGAUCGAGUGUUAAUUUAAUAACUGGUAAUAGAACACGUCGUCGUACUGACCCUUCAACUAUUUCUGUUUUUAAAAUGGCAAAUGAGACUUCAGCAGAUGUGGUCCCAAUUGACAAUGGUGAUUUUAGCGAAGAUACGUGGGCGGAUUGUGAAGAAAAUACUUCUGAUUUGGAAGAAAUAUGUACCUGCCAUCAUAGCACCAGCAGUAGCAUAAGCAGUCAUGGAGGUAGUAACACAAGUUUGAAUGAAACUGACGAACUUGAUAAUUCUGUUUUAUGUGGCAAAGAAAAUGAUCUUUCUAAUUACAUACAAAUGGUUUCUUUAUCAGAGGAAGCAACAUUGCAUACACCAGAUUGUGCAAGUGCUUCAUUAAACAACAAUCAACAGCGUAAACGAAAGUACAAUGAUAGUCGUCUUAUUGACGGUGACCAUAACACUGCUAUAAGUAGUACCGGUAGUUGCAUUGGUGAUGCUAAUAGUAGAAAGCGAAUUGCUUAUGAUUUUACAUCAACACCGCGAACGUCGCAAAAUAGUGUUGUAGUUACCACAACGCCUUCAUCUCAAUUGACAUUGUCUAUUGGUGGUUCACCAGUAGGCAGACGUACACCACGUUCUGUAAUACCUACACGAGAUAAUCCACCUCCGGAAUUGCAAAAUUGGUUAACACAAUUUCAACGUUGGUCCCAUGCUGAACGUUUAUUAGCAGUGGAUCGCCUUAUUGAACACUGUGAACCAACACAAGUCCGACACAUGAUGAAAGUAAUUGAGCCACAAUUUCAACGUGAUUUUAUAUCAUUGUUACCACGCGAAUUGGCACUACAGGUAUUAAGCUAUUUAGAGCCAAAAGAUCUUCUCCGUGCUGCACAAACUUGUCGAAGUUGGCGUUUCCUUUGCGACGACAAUCUGUUAUGGAAAGAAAAAUGUCGGAAAUCUCAAGUUUUAUCAGAAACAAGAACUGAUCGCCCAAAACGUGGUAGAGCUGGAAAUAUGCCACCAAUUGCAUCACCAUGGAAAGCUGCAUAUAUGCGGCAACAUAUAAUAGAAAUGAAUUGGCGCUCACGUCCAAUACGUGAUCCAAAAGUACUGAAAGGUCAUGAUGAUCAUGUUAUAACAUGUUUACAAUUCUCGGGAAAUCGCAUUGUAUCAGGUUCAGAUGACAACACUUUAAAAGUUUGGUCAGCUGUUACCGGCAGGUGUUUACGUACCUUGGUUGGACAUACCGGAGGCGUGUGGUCUUCUCAAAUGUCUGGCAAUACUAUAAUCUCAGGAAGCACAGAUCGUACACUUAAAGUAUGGGAUAUGGAGACUGGUUCAUGUGUGCAUACAUUACUUGGACAUACAUCUACAGUGAGGUGUAUGCAUUUGCAUGGGAAAAAAGUUGUAAGUGGAUCACGUGAUGCAACCCUGCGAGUUUGGGAUAUUGAACAAGGUAGUUGUCUGCAUUUACUUGUUGGACAUUUAGCUGCUGUUCGUUGUGUGCAAUAUGAUGGAAAGCUUAUUGUUUCUGGCGCCUAUGAUUAUAUGGUUAAAGUAUGGCAUCCAGAACGGCAGGAAUGCUUACAUACACUUCAGGGACAUACGAAUAGGGUUUAUUCAUUACAGUUUGAUGGUAUACACGUUGUUUCGGGAUCAUUAGAUACUUCAAUACGGGUUUGGGAUGUUGAAACUGGUAAUUGUAAACAUACGUUAAUGGGACAUCAGAGUCUUACUUCUGGUAUGGAAUUACGGGAUAAUAUUUUAGUCUCUGGAAAUGCAGACUCCACUGUUAAAGUUUGGGAUAUUACAACGGGCCAGUGCCUGCAAACACUUUCUGGUAAGUAUAAAAGAGAAAAAUUUUAA